UCUCGCGCAGCAACAUCCUGCGCCAGUUUGUUCUGGAGGAGGCCCACGAGGAGAAGGAUGAGUUGUAGAUAUCUUGUGUUUUCGUUUGAGGGUGGGGGGGGCAAGCGGAUUGGAAGAUGCAGGGUGCUACGGCUGUGACUUCGGUCCUCUGUUGUGUCUCUAGUGAACUUAUCAAUCGGUCCUUGUAUGAUACCAGGGAAAAUCAAGCGAUUCUAUGACGAUGAUGAUAAGGACUCUCAUCUAUGCUAGCCUCCUCCCCCAGGAAAAAAGAAAGUAUGCUCAAUACAAGCCACCACGAUUGCAAUGCAGGUAAAACAGGGGUAUCUAAACCAAGUCGACAGUAAAAACCACACCACCCGACUGUACACAAUGAGUACACUUCCAACAUCUCUCUCCAGUCCUGAUGACCAACCACCCCCAAUUCCCAAAACAAACCCCAACCGAGAAAAGAAACUCCAUCAGAGCAAUACCAAUACCAACGCAGUGAAUGCCCCGAACGUCCAAAACCCAAGCACUCACCCUCCUCCACUUCCAUAUCACCCCCAUCCCAUAUCUCCCCCAAGCCACAACCCAAGAAAGCAUCCUCACUUCCCCGGACUAGCACUCCCAGCCGCAUCCCCCGCUGCCCCAGCGACAGCACCCCCGCCCCCACCCUCAGCAGUAGCCCCCGCACCAGCAGGAGCAGAAGAAUCCAACAACGCCAACGAAGCCUCCAACUCAUCCAACCGCCGCGCCAUAUCGUCCACUACCCCCCCGAAUAGAGUUAGCAUCGCAUCGUAUCGCAUAACCACAAACCCCCUCUGCCUUCCCGUUUCAGUGCAGCAGAUAGAGCCCCUGGCGGUCGUGGGAGUUGUGGGAGCCGUAGAGCCCGAAGGAGCCUGAUAAAAGGAGGAAAAAGGGAAUGAGGAAAAAACGCACACUUCCCAAAGAUCUCGCGCGAGACGCCGUCGAAUUUAUGUUGGAGUUGGUCGAGGAGGUCGUCGACUGCGGCGUUGAGUUCGGAUUGGAUUUCGGGGACCGGGGCCGGGGCGGGGGCCGGGGUGGUGGUUUUUGGUGGUGUUUGGGUGGUUGUGGUGGGUUGGGGGGAGAGCUUUGGGGUGUUAGUGUUUGGUAUAGGGUAUCUUUGGGGUUGG